AUGGAUAUUACUUCAACUUAUAACUUACAAUUACUUGUUUCGCUAGUUUACUUUGCUUUAACAUUAGGUGUAUUGCUAGUCAAAUAUGUUACUCCAUUGAAAAAACUAUUAAACUAUGGGAAAACAGUCAAUUACCACAACGAAACUAACGAUAACGAUAACAACAAUGAAAACAGAGGCUCCCAUUCUCCACCUUCUAAAGUUAUUGAUAUCAUAGUCAAAUACGCAGUGGUUCAGAAACUGUGGUUUGCUCAUUUCUACAUUUGUUUGUUCACAUUGUCUACAGCUACAUAUUUUAGAGCAUGUCAUGAAUCCAUAAUAGGUCAAUCAAGUGAUGUAACUUAUAAGAACAUGCGACUAAUCAACACUAUCCUCAUUAUACAAGGUGCAAGACGAAUGAUUGAGAGUUUUGCUGUCACCAAGUUUUCCCCUACUUCAUAUAUGAAUAUUACUCAUUAUAUUGUUGGUAUGUCACAUUAUGUGUUGAUUGCAUUAGCCACGUAUUUGGGCUUGUCGGGAAAUUGUUCAGCAAGUGCUGCUUUAACUAUAAUCGACUACGUCCUUAUUGCUGUGUUUGGCAUUGCUUCUGUACAACAAUUUAGAGCUCAUUAUCAUCUUGCUCACUUGGUGAAAUAUUCGUUACCCAAGUUUAAAGUUGUUGCGUCUCCUCACUAUUUCUAUGAAGUGGUAAUUUACACUGUAUUUAUGCUAUUCAGUGUAAAGAAUGGCAUCAACUUGACAUCCUUGAUGUUUAUAUCCAGUUUGAUAUUUGUGGUGGUUAAUCUAUCUGUGUCUGCUGUUGAAACGUACCGUUAUUAUCAGCACAAAUACAGAGAGGAGUUCGAUUUGAAGUGGGCUAUAUUUCCCGGUAUAUUGUAG